AUGUUCGUGUAUCACCUGGUGAAAUGGGCAUCGGAUGAGCGAGACGAAGAAGAAGAAGAAGGUACGCCGUCUGAUCGUAUCAUCUGUUCGUCAGCGCAUGGCGAAGAGAGGGCUACCGGAGGGGCAUCGCAACUCUCCCCGUUG